GCCAAGCCGACACCAAACGGGCCCAACUAUCAUCCCACCGUUUACAAAAACUUUACUAGGACAGUCGGUAUACACACUCACACACACCAAUCUCCUCUCCUCUGCUCUCUCCCUCUAAUCUAUGCUAUAUUAUGUCCUCUUUUUCUCAUCUCAUCUCACACUCUCUGUCACGCACCCACCAUCUCUCUUUCAGCUCAGCUCAGCUUAGCUGUUCCACGUUUUUUUAUAUCUGAAACACCAUUACACCCCUUCAUUCUACCAUGGCUGCUACUUUUGCUCUUACACUGCUUCUUUUGGCUUUCACAGCAACUACUUCAAGUGCUACUUGGUGCGUUUGCAAGGAUGGAGCUGAGCCAAUCUUGCAAAAAACUUUGGACUAUGCUUGUGGAGCUGGAGCUGACUGUAACCCUCUCCAUCAAAACGCACCUUGUUUCCAACCCAACACAGUGAAAGCACACUGUAGCUAUGCUGUGAAUAGCUAUUUUCAAAAGAAGGGUCAAGCACCAGGGACAUGUGAUUUUUCAGGAACAGCUACUGUUACUGCAUCUGACCCAAGUGUUAGUGGCUGUGCCUACCCUUCAAGUGUCAGCGGUGCAGGCACUAGUACAACAACCCCAGCGACCGGCACUACUACUACACCCUCCAUGGGCACAACCCCUUCAACCGGAACACCGUCAACAUCCACGGGCACGGGCACGGGCACGGGCACUGGCAUGGGGACCGGUACCAGCACCGGCACCGGAACUGGAACUACUGGUACUACUCCAUAUAGUACAACAGCUCCUGGAGUGUUAGGAGGGAUGGGUAGUGGUAUGGGGCCUUCUGGAUCUGGAGGAAUGAAUGAUGAUAGUCAUGGUGGUCUUAGACUUUUGGACACUAGUUUCUUCUCAAUUCCACUCUUUUCUGUCUUCUUUAUGUUUUGGUGGGGCUGAACAAACAAAACAUAAAGAGGACUUGACUUGGGUAUUAUAUUAUGUAUGAAUGAGUUUUAUUUUCUAGGUGUUGAACUCUGAGAUCUUAGUUUUUUUGUUACUUUAUUUUCUCCACCUAAUUAUUCUGCCAGUUCUUGUGUGGGUUUAAAAAGAUGGGCUAUUAAUUAAUUAUUUAAUUAACUUUAUAAUCAA